AAUGGGGUGGUAUUAAUGUUUCAAAAGAUAUAGUAACAUGGAAUCAUUUAGGAGAUGUUAUUAUUUAUAACCAACCUAUUGAUUAUGAAAAGAAAAAUAAAAAAGCCUAUGAUUUUUUAACAAACAGAGGUGAAAAUAAAUACACCAAUAUCGAUUUUCUUAAAGAAAUCCAAAAAUAUUUUUCAUAUCUAUUGGAAAACAAAAUUAAAAAUAAAAAUAAUGACGAGUAUGAAAUUCAGAAUCCUAUAACAAGAUUAAAUCAAUUAUUUUACCCAUAUCAAAUUAAUAGAAUUUUACAUAGUAAAUAUAUUAAUGAUAGAAAGAAAUUUCAAUUAAUGUGUAUUGCAUAUUAUUUUGGAAGUGAAGAAAAACAAAAUGGAGUAAAAGUAUUGAUAAAAAAAGAUUACGAUGAGGUGAUGAAAGGUAAAGAAAUAACUUUGGAUAUUGUUGAAAAUGUAAACAAAGUUUCUUAUUCAAAGUUAGAUUAUAUAAAUGAAAUGCAAAAUUAUUAUGAAUACGUAUUACGUGUUUAUAAAGAAGGUUUAAAACAUGAUUCUAUUGAAAUUAUUAAACAAGAAUUAAAAUUAUUGAAAGAAGAGGUUAAUUUAAUUAAAAAUUCAUAUGAAAAAGAGGUAAAACAAGAAUUUGAUUCGUUUAAAAAAUUAAUUGAAGAGCAAAAAAAAAUCGAUACUUUGGUAACAAAAAUUUGUAUUCGUAUUACAGUACAUGAACCACGUGAUGUUAGUACUACUAAAAAAACUACUCAAGGAAUCUGUAAAGAUUAUCCUUUUGGCAAAACAAUUCGAUUCUAUGUAUAUGAUGGGAAAGAAGCUGACUUUUCAAUUACAGAUUUUCCUAUAGAAUUAAGAAAUCAACUUCAAAUUACCGAAGAUUAUAUAACCAAUAAAAUUAAUGAAUUGCAAGAAAAAAUUGACAAUUUAAAUUUAUUAAAACAAGAAUUUGAUUUGAUCAAAGAACAAGAGAAAAUUAAUAUUUUAGUAAGAGAAAUAUGCACGAUGUUGAGUAUAAAUUUGGAUGAUGAUUUGUUAAAGAUACAUCAUGCUUUAUUACCAAAUAAUAAUAUAGAUAAUGUUACAGAUCAAAAAGAAAUCAUCAAAUCAAUAUGUGAC